UUUGGAUGUACAAGUAUGAAGAAGUUGUUCCCUCUUGUCUUCCUGCCAGACCUAGAAGUGAUUGAAGUUAGUAAUUGUGAGAAAAUGGAGGAGAUAAUAGAAAUAAGAUCAGAUGAUGAAGGGCUUAUCGGUGAACUCGAACUUCCAAAGUUGAGAGAUUUGAAAUUGAUUGAAUUACCAGAAUUGAAAAGUAUUUUUAGUGAAAAACUGAUUUGCCAUUCUCUCAGAGUAAUUCACGUAAGAAAUUGUGCGAAGCUGAAGAGGAUGCCAAUUUGUCGUCCGUUGCUUGAAAAUGGCCAGCUAUCUCCUCCCCCUUCUCUCAGAGAAAUCUAUAUAGAACCAGAAGAAUGGUGGGAGACAGAAUUGAAGUGGGAGCAAUCUAACGCUAAGAAUGUCCUUCGUCACUUAGUAAAGUUUAAAGAAGUACGGGCCGAUGGUGAAGAAAGACCUCUUAUUUAAUAAGGAUUGGAAGAAAGCAUAUUCUGAAUAAGUCUUGUUGUUGUUUCUGUUAUGCCCUCUGUUCUGCUUCUAGUGAUAGAGAGGCUGCUUUGUUGUUCAUGACUAUCAUUGGGCUUUCUGAGGCUUGUCAUUCACCUGCUCUCAUGCAUAGAGAUCUUAAGCCUUACAGCUUAUUGUUUCAUAGUGUACGUUGAGGAGGAUGCUCCUCUUAAGGCCACAGAUUUUAUACUCUCUGUAAUAUUGUAUGGUACAUUUAAUACUUGUUUUGGAAUUUUUAUUUUCAUCUUGGAUUCCAUGUGUUCAUUCACUGUGUGUCUUUCAUU